UGGACCAAAAACAUUCAGGGCUGCUGCCCGGGAAGGCUACCCCUAACAACGCAGAUGGCUUGGUUAUACUCCACUUGCUCAGGAAGUGUCUACUGAUCCACAUCGGAAUGAAACCUGCUAGUCUCCACUGUCCGCUCCGGUGGAGAGAAGACAAAAAACGAUUAAAGGUACAAUCUGCAAUAUUCAAUCGCCAUUACCCAGUGCUUAAUUUGAGCCGGAUCCUGCCGGAACAGGAUCCGGCACCUCUCCGUUUUGGACUGUUUUGUUCCGGAACCUAUUUGGCCGGAUCCGGUACCUCUCGUGGCAUGAACAAUUAUUUUCACAGAAUAUAUCAAAGUUCAUUCGAGUUGCCUCUUCGUUAAUUCUCCUGCCCCCACAAAAAAAACGUCAUGUAUUCUAAGAGUUGAUUUGGUUUGGGCUGGCCCGGGUUUAUGGUUUGCGCAACAUUGUAACCUGCAACAUUUGAGACCAACGCGUGGUCGUGGCUGCGUGAGAAGCGCGCCAGUAUCUCUCACAUAACUAAAAUGAGAUUAUAUUUCUAGUAUCCCUCUCUGCUCUGAUAGACAUGUGCCUAAACUCUCAUCUCUCCAGCGUUGCACUUCAUAAUUUGUUUCAUAGCCGCGCGAAGGGUUCUGAAGGAACUGCAGCACCCCUGAUAAAUUGAAAUACAUUUGCCAAAGUUGUAGAAUGACUGUUAAGAAAUAAAUUAAAUAAUUCAGAAUAGCCUACUACACAAUGAGAAGGCCUAUAAUUUAGCCAAGAGGAUCAAUAGCUUCUUCUUCUUUGUUAAAUAGCCUAGCUGUGGAUUGUAUCCCAAUAACACGGAACAGCCUACAGUCCGGAACGUGCAGCCAAUGUUUCAGUGGAAAAAAACAGCAUGCAGCCAAACAGGCCUUUCGCAAUAUUUAAAAUAAAAUCGAGGAAAAACACAGGUUGUAAAGCAAAUUUCUCCUGCUGAAAAGAGAAGACUCUAAUCUGUCUGCUGUAGGCUACCAAAAUAUUUGAUCAAGUUCCAAAUAUUGUUUUACAAAAGAGAGAGAGAGAGAGAUAGGAUUUUGGCAUGAGCGCGUCGGCCAUCACUAGCAAGUGAGCUGCGCAUCAUUGAGUGAGUCAGUGAAACUGGAAAGCAUUUUUAGGACUAUAAUUUCCUCCUCAUAUUGUAGCCUACAAUAUGUCUCCACACACCUAGGCCUAGGCUAUUGAUGGAUUCAACACAAAGUAGUUUUUAUUGAUCUCAGAUUCUCAGUUUGUCAGUGUCAAAGUUACCUGCCAUUUCGAUCAUUUGUGCGGUAUUAAAAAAGAUUUUGCCAAAGUCUCCAGUCAUGUAAAAUGAAGUAGAAUUGCACGAAAUGCAUUUAUAAAUGGUAAUGGACCCUAGGCUACUAAAAAUGUUCUCCAUGUGUGCAACUUCUGUAAGUGCCUCUACUCUACUGCUCUAUGCCACUAGCAAAUGCGAUGAUAUGCAAUGCUUUAUUAUAAAGGUGAUUCUUUUUUUUUUCAUGCGUUCUGGUACCUCAGAACAACCCACUCCAGCGCUCACUUUUUGUUCCGGCACCUCCCGAUUGACAAAUUAAGCACUAUUAUUACCAUAAACGGUCAUAGUUUACAGUCCAUAUUGUGCUGCAAAUACCAAAUAUUGAUUAAAGGGGAUAUCCUGGAUUGGUACAUCCACGAUUUUUUGGAAAUAGGCCUAAUGAUAUACACUGAGUGUACAAAACCUUAAGGACACCUUCCUAAUAUUGAGUUGCACCUCUCAUCUCUCCAGUGUUGCACUUCAUCAUUUAUUUCUUUGUAUGUAUGUUUUGUGAAUCCACCAGAUCAGAGGCAGUAGGGAUGACCAGGGAAGUUCUCUUGAUAAGUGGGUGAAUUUGACCAUUUUCCUGUCCUGCUAAGCAUUCAAAAUAUUAUGGUAAAUAAGGCGACUUUGGGUUGUCAGGGAAAAUGUAUGGAGUAGUACAUUAUUUUCUUUAGGAAUGUAGUGAAGUAAAAGUUGUAACAAAUAUUAAUAAUAAAGUAAAGUACAAAUACUAAAAAAAACUACUUAAGUAGUACUUUAAAAGUAUUUUUACGUAAGUACUUUACACCACUGCAUUCUAAAUAACAGGCUCUCUCACUAUCUAGAACUAUCUGGCCAGCUUGCUGAUGAACAUAAUAGCUUUAGGAAAGCCAGAGCAUGUAUAGACCAUAUCUAUACCACAGGAGGAAGGGUGGCACCGUAAUUGGGGAGGACGGGCUCAUAAAGGCUGGAGCGGAAUUAGUGGAAAGGUAUCAAUUACAUCAAACACAUGGUUUCCAUGGGUUUGAUGCCAUUCCAUUAGCUCUGUCCCAGUCAUUAUUAUGAGCUGUCCUCCCCCCAGCAGCCUCUACUGUUCUAUACUGUCUAGAAUUCAAGAGAAAAAACCAACUUCUGCCUGUUUUAUUGAUUUUCAGAAGGCGUUUGAUUGGGUGAAUAGAGACCUCCUUGCUUUUAGACAAAUUAAAACAGGAAUUGAUGGAUGAUUCUUUGAUGCUGUCAAAGCUCUUUAUCUGGCUCCUGUUGCCUGUAUUCAGGUCAGUAACAUCAGGACUGGCUGGUUUCCAACCCCUUACGGUGUAAAGCAGGGAGACAUGCUCUUUCCCACUUUAUUUGCAAUAUAUGCUAAUGAUUUAGCCAUACAAAUCAAACAUGCUAAACUUUGUGUUGAAGUUGCGGCUAUAUUCCUGGGCAUCUUGUUGUAUGCUGAUGUCAUAGUUGUCCUUGCCUCCAGAAUAUGUUGAAUAUUGUUAAUUUAUGGUGUACUAAAUGGACACUAGUGAUAAAUCCAGAGAAGACCCAGAUUGUUAAUUUCAGAAAGAAGGGCGUGCAGAGAAGUGUACACAACUUUUGUUUUGGUCCAAUCACAUUAUUCUACACUGGGCUCUAGAAAUACCUUGGUUUCAUUCUGGAUGAACACAUGACCGUUGAAGAGGGCAUUAGAUCUCUGGCAGAUUCUGCAGAUCGAGCCUUGGGGUCAGUGUUAAACAAAAUGAAGGUAUGUAAGGAUCUUGGUUACUGUGCUUAUUCUCAGCUGUAUACAUGUUGUGUGUGUCCAGUGAUGGACUAUGGUGCUGGGGUUAUGGGGAUCCAGGGUGUGUACUAAUUGUAACAAUGUUUAAAACAGAGCCAUCUGCUUUCUUGGAGUGCACAAACUGACUCCAAACCUGGCGGUCUGUGGAGAUACUGGUUGGGAACCAUGUGUCGUUCAGCAAAAAGGGGACAUGGUACGUCUAUGGAACAGACUGAUAAAUAUGCCAGAACACAGAAUCAAAAAAAAAGUGUCAGACUGGGACUUUACUCAUAACUAUCCUUGGGCUAGAAAAUUAUCUAUUUUUUGUGAAACUGAUUUGCAGUACAUGUUCAGGAAUAAAUUACCAUGUGGUGUUAACCAAAUCAAGGACAAGCUUUUUCUGAUUCACAAGGAAAAAUGGGCAGUUAAUGUUUGGUGUAAACCUAAACUUAGAACGUACACUUUUAUCAAAGAGAACUACACCCCUAAACCAUUACGCCCGGCUGAACCUAACGAAAAGCCAAAGGUCAAUUUGUGCACAACUCGGCACCCUCGCUAUGGCUAUAGAGACGGGUAGAUUUAACAGAGUGCCUGACGAGGAGACAAUGUGUCUACUGUGUGAUCUUGGGGAAAAUGAAAUUGCCCUCUGUAUGUCGAUCUGAGACAUGUUGUUUUUUGUCAAAAUGGUGACGAUAACCCUGAAGUAUUCUGGUUAGGGGACAAGCAGAGGCAUGAAUUCUGUUUCAGACAGGGCGUGUUUGAGAUUGCUCAGUUUGUUCACAAUGCCUGGAGGAGAAGGAGAAAUGAACUGUUUGUGUAGUGUGGCUAGAUGGUAGCUGUACUGGCCAUGGUUAUUGCAUGCGUAUAAUUUGUAAAAUGUUACUUUGUUCUGUAGUGUCUUGUAAGCCCAUGUGGGCUGGGCACCGGUAGAUGUAUGAUAGAUAGAUAUCUUCUUUUUUUUUUUACUGUUUGGACAUAGGCGGCCCGAAAAAACACUUAGGCCUCCCACCCAAUACUUUUCUAUGCAGGAAAAACCCUGCUGCUGCUAUUUGUUUUCACGAUAGUGGUGCGUGUGAUAGCUUGUUGUCUUCAAACUGGUGCGGUGAGAUAUCUCGAUCCGUUGGAAUAUGGUGACACCAGCGCUUAUUUCAAAGAGCGCUCCGUAAGCCACGCCCCAGUGGGCAGACCUAGGCACGUUGCACUGGGACACGUUUUAAUACAGAUAAAAGCCUCUAAUUUUACUAUGGGUCCGCCGUGGUUCUGUGUAGCGUAGCUAUGCUAUUAUAUUUGAGACCAGUGUAUUGCAGCGAAUAUAGUCUUUGACUUAAUAGGUAAAAUAUAUUUGAGUAGUAAACAGGGAAACAACAACGCGUCCCAGACAGUUCGCAAUAGAACAUACCAGAGAGGGGUGGCAUCGUUUACUACCUAAAUUAUUGGGAUCAUCUGUGCUUUACCACCAGUGCUGCCUCCACUGGUUCUUUUCCCCCCUCAAGUCACUGAUCCCACUCCGCACACACCCAGAAACCUGGAUUCCAUUACUUACCAUGUGUCUUUAUGAAAAGCCAUUUGACCAUCUGACCAAGGCUCUGGUCAAAAGUAGAGCAUUAUACAUGGUAAAGUUAGAGAAUAUGCCACCCUUUGGGAUGCAUUCCGCCUGUUGAACCCCAAACUGCUUAUUGUAAACCGUUUCUUCAGCCCAUUCCUCCAGUUAAGCAAAUGUAGAGGAGAGGCAGUGACUAUAAUUGAUGUAGUGAAUGACUUUUCCUGUCAAUUACUUUAUUUGAUAAACUUCCUUUAUUGUGUAUGUGUGUCCCGUUUUUAAGUUUUAAUAAAACCUUAAUUCAGCCAAGAAAUCCAUAUUUUCAUAGAUGGAAUAUUCAACAGACUGAACAGUCAUGUACAUUUACAUUUACAUCAUUUAGCAGACGCUCUUAUCCAGAGCGAUUUACAAAUUGGAUGUACCAAUGAGAUGAAUUAGUUACGUUACGGUUGUGUGUGGUGGUGUUGCCAUUCAGCCUCAUCUAGCCUUGGUAUGGAAGAACUGAUAACUGACAAGCUCAGACGAUAUCCAUAAUGACUAUAGAGAAAGUACUAACACUUCAAGACCCUACGGUCCGAUGGCUUUUCAUAAAGACACAUGGUAAAUAAUGGAAUCCAGGUUUCUGGGUGUGUGCAGAGUGGGAUCAGUGACUUGAGGGGGAGAAAGAACCAGUGGAGACAACAACAAGCAGGUAGAAGGGGACCAGGUGGGAUUGGGCCAGGCAUGUCUAGGAAUCAGGCCAGGGUGUCCUCAGUUGUGGUCCAAGAGCCUCCGUAAAGGGAGAAAGAGAAGAUAUGAGGGUUAGUGAGAGCAUGGCUAAAACCAUAGUACACAUCACAUGCACUGGGGGUAGAGAAUAAUCAAUGGUGUUGCUGUGGACACUGGAUAAUCUGACUAACACACACACACUUGUUUGACCUCGCUGUGAUACUGUAGGACUACUUAUGUUACUUUUCUGAGUCAAUUCAGGUAGCAUUCAAUAUCCUGCGUUUGUGUUAACCAUGGCAACCAGCAUUGUAAAUAAAGAGAUGUGCAGAAAGAUAAUCAUCCUCUGUGUCUGUGGAUCCUUUCCACUAAUUUAUUUUUUAUGUCAGCCAGGCCCAUCUUUUAAAAGAAACACCAUUUAUUUCAAUCUCUAGUUGAGUAAAAUAAGUGGUUUUGUUCAGGUAACAAGAUAAUCCGGAAAAUUGCGGUAAACAUCGCCACACUCAGGCAGAAAACGGAAUGUUCUAUUUGAGCAAAAUCAUAAUAAAAUCAUAAUAAUUCAGUUAAAGAACGCCACAGUCAGGCAGAAAAAUCUAUUCUAUCAUAAAGUGAGAACAAUUAGUUUUCCUGGCUGCUACUUAGAAAUACUGUAACAGUAAAUGAAUAGACUGUCGCUGCUAUAAACCUGUCUCCAAUACAACCGCAUAAUUUACACAGACCCACCGCGGACCUUUGCAAAAGUAAUCUCUGUGUGAAAAGGCGUCCCAUGGUCUGUUUUGUCAAGGAGCUCAAUUUAUUCCAAACACUGGUGGUAACCAGAUGAUCCCGAUAAUUUAGGUAGUAAACGAUGCCCCCCUCUGGUAUUUACAUUGCGAACUGUCUAGGACUCGUUGUUUCCCUGUUUACUACUCAAAUAUACGUUUACUUAUUAAGUCAAAGACGAAAUGAACUUAAAUAUACUGGUCUCAAAAAUAUUAGCAUAACUAGGCUACACAGAACCGCGGAGGACCCAUUGUAAAAUGAGGCUUUUUCUGUAUUAAAACAUGUCCCAGUGCAACAUGCAUUUGUUUACAUUCCUGUUAGUGAGCAUUUCUCCUUUGCCAAAAUAAUCCAUCCACCUGACAGGUGUGAUUAAACAGCAUGAUCAUUACACAAGUGUAAAAGGCCACUCUAAAAUGUGCAGUUUUGUCACACAACACAAUGCCACAGAUGUCUGAAGUUUUGAGGGAGUGUGAAAUUUGUAUGCUGACUGCAGGAAUGUACACCAGAGCUGUUGCCAGCGAAUUCAAUGUUCAUUUCUCUGCCAUAAACCGCCUCCAACAUCAUUUUAGAGAAUUUGGCAGUAGGUCCAACCGGCCUCACAACCGCAGACCACGUGUAUGGCGUUAUAUGGGCGAGCGGGUUGCUGAUGUCAACGUUGUGGACAGAGUGCCCCAAUGUGGCGGUGGGGUUAUGGUAUGGGCAGCCAUAAACUACAGAAAACGAACACAAUUUGCAUUUUAUCGAUGGCAAUUUGAAUGCACAGAGAUACCGUGACGAGAUCCUGAGGCCCAUUGUCGUGCCAUUCACCCGCAGUCAUCAUCUCAUGUUUCAGCAUAAUAAUGCACAGCCCAUUUGCGCAAGGAUCUGUACACAAUUCCUGGAAGCUGAAAAUGUCCCAGUUCUUCCAUGGCCUACAUACCACCAGACAUGUAUUUCCAGUCAUGUGAAAUCCAUAGAUUUAGGGCCUAAUGAAUUUAUUUCAAUUGACUGAUUUCCUUAUAUGAACUGUAACUCAGUAAAAUCUUUGAAAUUGUUGCAUGUUGCGUUUUUUAAAAUAUUUUUUUUGUAUAAAAGUUAAAUGAUGAGGACCGGCUACAACACCAAGAGCCAACAGGUAGGCUGCUACUUAAUCAUCUAAAUGGAAGGGGAGAAAGCGAACAGAUAAAGUUAUGUAGACUCAAUUAGCCUAGCUAACGUUACCUAGCUGAGUUUAACUAGCUUCUCCUUGUUUGAUGAAGUCAAGAGUGUCUCCAUCUCUUCAUUCAAAGACUCAAUCACGGACAGUCAUACUGACAGUUGUGGCUGCUUCGCGUGAUGUAUUGUUGUCUCUACCUUCUUGCCUUUGUGCUGUUGUCUGCCCAAUAAUGUUUGUACAAUGUUUUGUGCUGCUACCAUGUUGUGUUGCUACCAUGCUGUGUUGUCAUGUGUUGCUGCCAUGCUAUGUUGUUGUCUUAUGUCUCUCUUUAUGUAGUGUUGUGGUGUCUCUCUUGUCGGGAUGUGUGUUUUGUCAUAUAUUUUUAUUUUUAAUCCCAGCUCCCAUCCCCGCAGGAGGCCUUUUGUCUUUUGGUAGGCCAUCAUUGUAAAUAAGAAUUUGUUCUUAACUGACUUGCCUAGUUAAAUAAAGGUUAAAUAUCAAUAAAAAGACCGGUACUAUGUAAUCAGAUGAGAUGAUAAAUUACUAGCAAUAAAUUAGUCUACCAGCUUGAGUUGAUUUGGUUGCUAUCUCGUUCUCCCCUCAUAACUCACAGACAGACACCUUCACGACCCCGUUAAUAAAGUAGCUAAAAAUAUAGCUUUUUCCCCCUCCGUUUCCUGUAAUCCAGGAUCAGCUGCUUUGUCUUGCUGAUGUUGAGGGAGAGGUUGCUGUCCUGGUACUACACUUCACGGUAGUGUCGUCAGCUAAUUUGAUGAUGUUGUUUGAGUUGUGCGUGGCCUCACCGUUGUGGGUGAACAGGGUGUACAGGAGGGGAUUAAGCAGACACCCCUGAGGGGCCCCGUGUUGAGGGUCAGCGUGGCAGAUGGGUUGUAAUUUAAAACAUACAAUCUACCUGCAGUGAAGCCGCUCAACAUUUACAUUACAUUCAGUCCUCCAGCAGAUCCCCCACCAAGUCGAACUGGGGACCCAAACCAGCGACCUCUUGCCCCCCUCCCAGUUAGAGGGGACUAUGGUGUUGAAUGUUGAGCUGUAGUGAAUGAACAGCACUCACAUAGGUAUUCCUCUUGUCCAGGUGGGAGAGAGCAGUAUGGAGUGCAAUAGAGAUUGUGUCAUCUGUGGAUCUGUUGGGGCGGUAUGCGAAUUGGAGUGGGUCCAGGGUGUCUGAGAUGAUGGUGUUGAUGUGCACCAUUACCAGCCUUUCAAAGCAGUUCAUGUUUACAGAUGUGAGUGCUACGGGACGAUAGUUGUUUAGGCAGGCUCCUUUUGAGUUCUCAGGAACAGGGACAAUGGUGGUCCGCUUGAAACAUGCCAGCUGGUCUGAGCAUGCUCUGUAAAUGCGCCCUGGUAUUCAGUCUAUCCCAGAUGCCUUGUGAGUGUUAACCAAUUAUGUAUAUAGACCUGCUAAUGUUAUGUAUUGGCCAUUGAGAGGCUUUGAAGCCACCAGUCGGCCAUAUUGGCACUCCCCAGUAGGAGCAGUCCUCCAUAGGAAUGAAUGGCAUUCUACAGUGUUUCAAUUAAAUGUUUCAAGGACAAAAUUACAUGUAUUUAAUACGUUUGUUGUUGUAGUGGAGACAGUAACAUUAGCAAUCUCUAAAAAUUAUACUUUUUAGAGAAAAUGUUUUUAUAUAUUUUGUCAUGUUUUAUUUUUAUGUUUAACUCCGAUAAUAUAAUUUAAAAGUAUGCAUUAAGGUGUCUGUAAUAGAAAAAACGUGGGAAAAACGAAUGUAGACAUUAAUAGUUAAUAGCGGCAGGUAGCUUAGUGGGUAAGAGCGUUGUGCCAGUAACCGAAAGGUCGCUGGUUCUAAUCCCCGAGCCGACUAGGUGAAAAAUCUGUCGAUGUGCCCUUAAGCAAGGCACUUAACCCUAAUUGCUGAUGUAAGUCGCUCUGGAUAAGAGCGUCUGCUAAAUGACUAAAAUGUAAAUGUAGUUAACCCACUGUUCCUCUGGCGCCGAAGACGUGGAUCUCGAUUAAGGCAGCCCCCCACACCUCUCUGAUUCAGAGGGGUUGGGUUAAAUGUGGAAGACACAUUUCAGUUGAAUGCAUUCAGUUGUACAACUGACUAGGUAUCCCCCUUUCCCUUAAUUAAUGCAUUUCUAUAGCCUCCAAAAUAUUUUUUACAACCGUGGGGGAGUGCCAAGAUGGAGGCACGGAGGUUUCAACACAGCGCCCCCUAUCAGUCAUCUAGUGUUUAUAUAAAUAAUUUACGUUAACCUAAUAAUUGCCCCAAUGGGACAAAUAAAGUUUGUUUUAUGAAUUGAAUGUAAUGAAUCUACAAUCCAUAUCAAAUAAGCCUCUAAAAGUUUCCCCACAUUGUUUGAGUGAGAGGAUUGUUCUGAUACGAGACUAACGGUGCACUUUAGUACACAUACAGUACAAGUCAUCGUAUGACAUAGUAGGAAGUGAAGGCAGCAGUUUGCAAGAUACAGUAACGUUAGCUAGCUAAUCUCAGAUAUAUAUUUUUUUAUCAGAGGAGAGGCUAUGGCAGCAAGCAUGCAAAUUAAGGUAAUAACGUUCUCUUGUUAAAAUGUUUGACUUCUCGUGACAAACUGACCAAUGCAUUAUGCACUAGCUAGAACGUUACAAUUCUACAGGGAUACACGUGUCACAUUAUGCUAGCUGGCUAGCAAUUAGCUACCGAGGAGAAAGCUAGUUCGCUAGCUAACUAAAUCUACAUGGACAGUCAAACUCAAAUAUCUCAAGUAUAAACUUUACAGCUUGCAGAACUAGUCAGUGCACUAGCAGCUAGCUAACAUCCUGCUAGUAGGCAUCCGCUUGCAGUCGAAAUGUAACGUUACCACGUAUUUCACCAUAGCUAGCUACUGUAGAAUGCUCAUUGACAUUACUCCACUCCAAUGCACCUAGCUAUUAGUUUAUGUGACAGGCCAUAGUGAAGUGUGUGAGUAAUGACAUGUAUAUUCUUGUUAGAUUGGAAUCAUUGGAGGCUCUGGCCUUGAUGACCCAGACAUAUUGGAGGGAAGGACCGAGAAAUAUGUUGACACACCUUAUGGAAAGGUAAGAUCAAAUUCUAAGUAAAAACCAAUCAUGUGCACCUUUUUAAAGUUGCACUAUACCGAAAUCUCUCCGCCAUUUCCUGGUUGCUAAAAUUGAAAUAGUUCGUCUAAUUUCAGUUUAUGUUACAGUUUGUGACAAAACAAGCAAGUAUAGUGUAGAGAAUCAUUUUACCAUCUAAACCGCUGUGAAAUAUAUUUUCCAUAACCAAAAAUAUUGUAUUUUCAGCUGUUUGAAGCUGGCAUACAAAACCGAAAGUAAAAGACUCACAAACUAAAAUUAAGCACGGUAAGCAUAGAAAUAGCACACAUAGAACAGAUUUACCGCUUCUUAGUCUUGCUUUCAAUGAGAAUGACAGAUCUUUUAUAUGUGCAUUUGGUUGGGUAGCCCAAAAGUUACAUAUUGCAGCUUUAAAAUGACAAGUGCCACCAAUCUUAGUCCCGAAUGUGGCAAUGCUUUCCAUUGUGUACAGCAUAGUAAUUACUAGCCUAAUAUUGGACUAAAGGAGCCUAACAUUACACUGUAGGGCGUAGGCCAAGGACCUUAUGUCAGGGUUCCUCAACUGGCAGGCCGAAUCUAGCCCUUGGGUGAUUUUAUUUGGACCCCCAAGUUUUCUGAGCAAAAAAAAUAAAAAUGUGUAUUUUUUGGGGUCAUAAAAGACUGUAAAAACACCAGCAAAUCAGCACCAAGUGAUUUGUAAUCUUGGAAAUCUGUUCCAAAGCAUUACCAUGCAUAAUAGAGAGAUAUAUGUGAUUGUAUACAAAUGUAAGCAAGUUUUGAAAUGAUUAUGUUUUAGUCAAAUGUUAUAUGUUUGGGCUUCUUGCGCUCAAUUUGCAGUCUACAAAUUAUUUGUAAUUAAAGGGAAAGGAGAUGCUUAGUCAGUUGCACAACUGAAUGCAUUCAACCGAAAUGUCUUCCUCAUUUAACCCAACCCCUUUGAAUCAGACGUCCACUUCAUCGGCACCCAGGGAAUUUUUUGUUGUUGAGGGUUAACUGCCUUGCUCAAGGGCGGAACGGCAGAUUUUUCCACCUUGCUGGCUCGGGGAUUUGAACCAGCGACCUUUUGGUUACUGGUCCAACACUCUUAACCGCUAGUCUACCUGCCGCGGUUAUGUUCUGGCCCCCUGACCAACAGCUAAAGAAAAAAUCGGCCAGCAGCUUAAUCUAGUUGAUGGUCCCUGACUUACAUGUUCUGUUUAAAGGGCAAAUUAGCCCUGGAAGCAAAAACAGCCAAAUACUCCAUCUAAAUGUGAAUUUCCUACUCACACUGCUUGCUUAACCCAGAAGCCAGCCGCACCAAUGUAUCGGAGGAAACACUGUUCGACUGACGACCGAAGUCAGCUUGCAGGUGUCCGGCCCAAGGAGUCGCUAGAGCGCGAUGAGCUAAGGAAAGCCCCCCGGCCAAACCCUCCCCUAACCCGGACGGCGCUGGGCCAACUGUGCGCCGCCCUAUGGGGCUCCCGGUCACAGCCGGCUGUGACACAGCCUGGGAUCGAACCCCAGGUUGUAGUGGCGGUUAAAACAGUGUACAGUAAGUGUAUAUUUAGCAUUUGUGAAAUAAUUUUGAUGUGAUAUGGGAGUAGAGGGCUUUAUGUUUUAGAACCGUACCCCAAUUGAGCCUUCUGAGUCCUAUAUUGCUGCGGCACUCGGGAGGCUCAAUUGCAGUAUGGUUCUAGAAACAUAAAUCCCUCUACUUUCAUGUCACAUCAAAAUAUACACUUACUGUUUUAACACAGUUGCAGCAGACAAUAUUUUUCAGUGACAAACACGUUUGUGGCGUCUGUCUUCCGUUUACACACAGGUGUUCGGAGACACCGAUAGCUAAUUAGCACAGGUAGUCCACUCUGUCUUCCGUCUGUUUUCAGUAAACAAGCGCUGUAACGUGGAAAUAUGGCAGUGUGGGAACCCUAACCCUAUAAGAGUGUGUAUCAAUUUAACCUUUUGUUUUAUGCUUCCAAAACCGUACCGCAAGCUAAUGUUCAGACCGAGCGUCGUGGCUCUUAACAAAACUCCCCCCUACAGAAGACGCCGUCGUCCAAUGACUCUUAUGCGUAAUGUAAUGGAACUGAGAGUCAUGAUCAAGGGCUAAGCCACUACCCCAUUCAUAGUUGCUAACUGCUUUAGCGCCUAUUGACAAUAGUAUCGUCUGACUGGGGUAGUUUUGUUAAGAGCUCCGACGCUUGCUCUAAACAUUAACACGCAUCGCUUGCGGUACGUUUUUGGAAAUGUGCCUUUCAUAUCAGCAUCGCUUGCAGUACGUAUCUUUCAUAUUAGCGAGAAAUAAUUUUCUAAAAACACAAUCUUAAAUUACUACACACAUCUUUAUAGGGGUAGGGUUAGUGUUCCCACAAGGCCAUAUCUCCAUGUUACAGCAAUUCUUUAUGGAAGACAUAGUGCUGUGCUAAUUGGCUAUCUAACGUGCUCUGAACACCUGUGUGUAAGCGUAACUGGGGAGGAAGUGUAGUUUGUCAACUGGAGGCACACACAGUUUGUGGAUCUGUGCAAAACUGCUACAGAAAGUGAAUAUUUUUUAUUUGAAAGAUUCUUUCUCGCUGAUAUGAAAGAUAAGGGGCACAUCGGCAUAGGUUUCGAAAACCGGUUUGAAAGUGAUGAUUAUUUACUUUUCUAAACGUUAAAACACAGCAAUUGUAGUUGACAUGGAGCCAAAUGUGGGCGAAUGUAACCGCUGAAAACCCUGCAUAAGGUGAAGGGUUUUCCAGGGCUACAUACAGUGGGGGAAAAAAAGUAUUUAGUCAGCCACCAAUUGUGCAAGUUCUCCCACUUAAAAAGAUGAGAGGCCUGUAAUUUUCAUCAUAGGUACACGUCAACUAUGACAGACAAAUUGAGAAUUUUUUUCUCCAGAAAAUCACAUUGUAGGAUUUUUAAUGAAUUUAUUUGCAAAUUAUGGUGGAAAAUAAGUAUUUGGUCACCUACAAACAAGCAAGAUUUCUGGCUCUCACAGACCUGUAACUUCUUCUUUAAGAGGCUCCUCUGUCCUCCACUCGUUACCUGUAUUAAUGGCACCUGUUUGAACUUGUUAUCAGUAUAAAAGACACCUGUCCACAACCUCAAACAGUCACACUCCAAACUCCACUAUGGCCAAGACCAAAGAGCUGUCAAAGGACACCAGAAACAAAAUUGUAGACCUGCACCAGGCUGGGAAGACUGAAUCUGCAAUAGGUAAGCAGCUUGGUUUGAAGAAAUCAACUGUGGGAGCAAUUAUUAGGAAAUGGAAGACAUACAAGACCACUGAUAAUCUCCCUCGAUCUGGGGCUCCACGCAAGAUCUCACCCCGUGGGGUCAAAAUGAUCACAAGAACGGUGAGCAAAAAUCCCAGAACCACACGGGGGGACCUCAAAGUAACAAAGCCUACCAUCAGUAACACACUACGCCGCCAGGGACUCAAAUCCUGCAGUGCCAGACGUGUCCCCCUGUUUAGGCCAGUACAUGUCCAGGCCCGUCUGAAGUUUGCUAGAGUGCAUUUGGAUGAUCCAGAAGAGGAUUGGGAGAAUGUCAUAUGGUCAGAUGAAACCAAAAUAUAACUUUUUGGUAAAAACUCAACUCGUCGUGUUUGGAGGACAAAGAAUGCUGAGUUGCAUCCAAAGAACACCAUACCUACUGUGAAGCAUGGGGGUGGAAACAUCAUGCUUUGGGGCUGUUUUUCUGCAAAGGGACCAGGACGACUGAUCCGUGUAAAGGAAAGAAUGAAUGGGGCCAUGUAUCGUGAGAUUUUGAGUGAAAGCCUCCUUCCAUCAGCAAGGGCAUUGAAGAUGAAACGUGGCUGGGUCUUUCAGCAUGACAAUGAUCCCAAACACACCGCCCGGGCAACGAAGGAGUGGCUUCGUAAGAAGCAUUUCAAGGUCAUGGAGUGGCCUAGCCAGUCUCCAGAUCUCAACCCCAUAGAAAAUCUUUGGAGGGAGUUGAAAGUCCGUGUUGCCCAGCGACAGCCCCAAAACAUCACUGCUCUAGUACAUUUUGUGAUUUUCUGGAUUUUUUUUCUUCUACAAUGUGAUUUUCUGGAUUUUAUUUGCUCAAUUUGUCUGUCAUAGUUGACGUGUACCUAUGAUGAAAAUUACAGGCCUCUCUCAUCUUUUUAAGUGGGAGAACUUGCACAAUUGGUGGCUGACUAAAUACUUUUUUCCCCACUGUACCUACGCACAUUUACAUAGAACAAAAACAAAAUGUCUCUUGUCUCACGAAUGUUGAAUAAAAUUAUAUUUGAACUUACUCUGCCGAUUUGUUCGUGGGGUUGGGCCUUCAGCUGGUUGACAUUUUAGACAAAAUAUCCACUGGAAAGUAUUCUUAAACAGGCUUCAAAACGGGGGAUUCUGUGUGCGGCAAUCAAUCUGUUUGCUCAUGACCUAAGGCAAGUGCACAAGACGAAAGUACAUGCAUGCGAUGCAAAAGAAACCAAAGUCUUGCAGGUGUUUACGUGGUUUUGCGCAUGUGCCAGGUGAUAGAAAUUUCCUACGGCAAUACCCGGUUAUAACAUUUUGACCAGCUGAAGGACCAACCGCACAGAUAACCGGUAGGAUUAUGGAAAAUAUAUUUCACAGCGGUUUAGAUGGUACAAUGAUUCUUGUACUUGCUUGUUUUGUGACAAACUAAAAUUACGCGAUUUUUUUUGUAUUUUAGCAACCAGGAAAUGGGGGGGUUGAUUUCCGCAUAGUGCAUCUUUAAACGUAUACUUAACUUUUAUACUUUAUAAUUUGACUCCUUCAAAUAAUUUACUCUGUCAAGUUUGCCACUGGCGCGCUGCCGUAGGGAAGUAAAGCGGAAGUCGACUCCAUCACUACCGUUGUUUGGCUGUGUCCGUAGCAACAUUUAGAAAAUGAGGUGGAUACCAAGAAUUGGUAUCACAGUCUGGUUUAUUAGGCAACCCCAAUCUCUGUGUUCCACUGUGCCAGUGUAAUGCCAAUCUUUUACCAGCGGAAGACUGUGCCUUAGAUUCUACCUAAUUACAUAUUUUCUCUGUUUUCCCCCUACAACCCAAACAGCCUUCAGAUGCCCUUGUAAUAGGGAAGAUCAAAAAUGUUGAAUGUGUGCUCCUUGCAAGGUAAGCAGUGGCAUGAAUUGGAGAAUCUCCAUUGCGUUCUUUUCGUGUCCUCUCUCCUCUGGCUUUCUCAUCCAAUGGGUUUAGAGAAGGAUGCGAGGAGUAUGCAAUUGAGAUUCUCCUGUGGAGAGAUCCUAAGUGUACUGAGCCAGAUGAACUCCACUUCUGUUUCUUAUGCAUUUGCGCCAUCUAGUGGCUGUGCGUUGCAAUUGUAAAACAAAUUUGACCUGAUCUCUCUUCUCCAAUAGGCUAAACAUUCCCCCAAUACCAAAUCCACCACUAGCCCUCUAGCAAACUGAUGUAGAUGUAAAAUAAUCAGAUAGAUAUAAGUAGAAUGGUAAAAAAAACAGCUUGCCCUUUUUACAAGUGGAGCUUGUAAACAUAUUGCUUAGCCAACACAAACAAAUCCUUUCAGAGCUACAAACGUUUCCUAGGGGAUUACGUGCUAUAGGAGUCAAUUUAGCGAUUCCUUUUCAGCCUUUUCUCUUUCCUGCGGCAAGCACUGAAAACUAUUCACACUCCCCAUUUUACUGGUCCCUAGGCAUGGGAGACAGCACACCAUCAUGCCAACCAACGUCAACUACCAGGCUAACAUCUGGGCGUUGCGAGAGGAGGGCUGCACACAUCUCCUGGCCACCACAGCCUGUGGUUCCCUCCGGGAAGAGAUCCAACCAGGAGACAUCGUCAUCAUCGACCAGUUCAUAGACCGGUGAGUGCCAGAGUUUCCUAGGCCUGGAACCCAGGGCUAACCUAAGGUUGAAUCCACCAUUGUAAUGAGAAUGAAAGCAGUCUGUUGGACAUGGUGGUUGCCAGAGGUUAGUGCAAUUGUUGUUGUCUAUUGAUUGAGUCCAAAUCCAAUUAUUCCCUGGUAUAUGUACAGUUAUGUACACUAAACAAAAAUAUAAACGCAACAUAUAAAGUGUCCCUGAAAUGUUCCAUACGCAACAAAAAGCUUAUGUCGCUCAAAUUUUGUGCACAAAUUUGUUUACAUCCUUUUUAGUCAGCAUAUCUCCUUUGCUAAGAUAAUCCAUCCACCUGACAGGUGUGGCAUAUCAAGAAGCUGAUUAAACAGCAUGAUCAUUACACAGGUGCACCUUGUGCUGGGAACAAUAAAAGGCCACUUUAAAGUUUUGUCACACAACACAAUGCCACAGAUGUCUCAAGUUUUGAGGGAGCCAGAGAAUGUAAUGUUCAUUUCUCUACCAUAAGAAUUUGGCAAUACAUCCAAUCGGCCUCACAACCGCAGACCACAUGUAACCACGCCAGCCCAGGACCUCCACAUCUGGCUUCUUCACCAUUCUGUUGUUAAUAAAGCCAUUUUGUGGGGGAAAACUAAUUCUGAUUGGCUGGGCCUGGCUGCCAAGUGGGUGGGCCUAUGCCCUCCAAGGCCCACCUAUGGCUGUACCAUUUAUUUUUGUUCAUUAUAGCUAUGGAGUAAAAGUCAUCUGUAAAUGCUAGCAAUUGAUACGUCUAGAUAUUGUUUAGGUUUCUACCUACUACAUACCUGGUGGAGUAUAAAUGGAACGGUACAUGUGUCAUGGCAAAACAGAAUGUUUGGAAAGCGAUGGUGGUAGAAUUACAGUAGGAAUGAGAAGUCAUCAAGAGGAAUUCUUCAAAGAACUGAGAUUUUUUCCCAAGUCACUAUCUCUCAAAUGGGCCGGUCUGGCUCGGACAAGGAUUCCUUAAUCUCUCAAACAUCUUUCUUAUGUCUAGCGAGUUCAGACAGUGCGACGUCUAUCUCAACUGAUAACAUUCAAAAGAACUUGCAAGUUGUCCAUUUUUUCCCCUUACAAACAGUGGCUAAUGCUGAGUGUGUGUACAGUAUUCCAGCCUGGAGAAAGGCAACAACAAAGGCAAUGGUGUAAAACAGGAACAGACGGUGGCAUCCUGGCUCACAUGACUUAUCUCUGAAGACCACAUUCUCUGACUGGUAUUUCUUAUAGUCAGCGACUCCGACCAUUAUCCCAUGGCCAACCGCUGUGUAUCUCUCAUUUCCUCAUUCCCUAAGAGAAGGAAUGAGAUUGUGUCUGAUGAUUGGUUGAUAGGCGAUGCUCUGAAACUGACUGCACUGUGGGCCCGGGACUUGUCUGUGUGGCAGAGUACAGGUGCCACGUGUGUCCCAUCGUGGCUAGAUCUGCAUCAUGAGAGGAAACCAACACUUUUUUUUUAAAGAACAGACAGGACUCGUAGGGUUUUAAGGGCCGCUGGUUUGAAACAGGGGUUUCCGGUUUUUUUCUUCAAUAUGUGGUCUUCUAAUUUCUUGUGAAUGAGGAGGACUGUAACAGGUUUUGAAUGAACUGAGACCUAGGAUCUGAUGAGGUUGUUUUGUAGGAAGUGGUUGUGUUACCUGAUGCGUUGUGGAAUGUGCUUAGGGCGUGAAUUGUGACAUACUGGAAGUUCAGUGGGUCUAUCCUCCAUGUCGUAGCUGUGUAUAAAGUUCGAUUGUGUUUCAGUGAAAGGGAUGAACUCGAGAAAUAGGCCUAGGUGUAAGGUAUUUGCAUCACAAAUGACUGUUCAGUUUUGAAUGUUAUCACCUUUGUUUCGGUCUGUCUAUGGGAAUGCAUUUCAGUAACAUCAGUAAAAUAGUACUUCAGCAUGAGUCAUGUUUCCCACGGUUAGGCCUAGACCUCUGUACGACCUUCAGUUGAGCAGCAUUGUUUGGUAAUAUUAUGACUGUGUGACCUGAAGUAAACUAAGGGAUGAGAACCAGAUGAGCCCAAGAUACCUCUGACAGAGGAAGUAGUGGAACAUGUAAUACCUAAUCAAGGUUCAUUCCUCCGGACGAAUUCCCUGAGCUGGUGGAAUGGCAUCUUGUUACUGUACGGAAGCAGGCCUACACCACACCUAGGAAUCAACACACCUUUCACAAGUGUGUCCUCUCUGGCUGUUCUCAUAUUCAUUAAUAUAGGCUAGUGUGUCAAAAUGAAACAGAAAUUAGAUGCAGCAAGUUCUUCAGAACUUCAGUUCUCAGUAAGUUUGUCAGAUAUCCCUGUGGGAUGAUUCCCAGUUGAAGAAUUCCCUCCGUGCUUGUUCCCUCCUGGUUUAGGGGAUGAUCCAACCAGGAUUUCAGAAGAACUCUAUCUAGAAAUGUUGCAGCCCAAAACAGAUGUGAUGGCCAUCAGUUGUAGCACUGAUAAAACAUGCUGAAUUUGAAUUUUUCUCUACUAGUAAUAGGCUAUUCUUUCUAAAGUGCCCAGGCAUCCAAUGUUUUGAUUGGAUGGUAGUUUUAGGAUGAUUAUCCAAUGUGUUUGCCUGUGUGUUGCCUCAACCUUGAAGAAACACCUAUUCUUCCUCAAUGCCCCCCCCCCCCAUCUCUAGAUUCCAAGUCACCACACACAACUCUACCCAUUAUUCUAUCAGAGUGGAACACAACUCCUCUCAUUGUCCUGAGGCUGUGUUGCUGCAUUGAAUUGAAUUGUCAGUAGAAUUCUAUGCAAUGGACCGUAAAUUGAGAAUGUGUUCAUGAGGCAGUCUUGUUGAUUUAGAGUGCAAUGCACACAAAAACCUUUGUCUCCAAGCUCUGUCCGUUGUCAAGAAGUCAAAACGUAGUGCAUUGAAUGAGAAAUAGCAGAUCAUUUCUGCAAUCCUCCCUCGGGUUUGCCGUCUGACUUUGACUCCACAUCCUCCCCUCUGUGCAGUUCUCAGAGAAGCUAUGCCUCAUCACCGCCAAUCCACCCAAAUGUGUUGUAAACUCUGAUUCUAUUGAUAGCCUACUGUUACAACAAGCAGAGGCAGGCUCUGUUGGACAGAAUAGGGAAGCUAACAUGUUAGGACUUGUUCAGUCUUGUCCCACUGCGCAGCAUGUGACCCAUCCAGCAUAUUUCUGAAGGGUUUACUUUUAUGAUUAUCUUACAACGUCAGUGAGUCAUUUGUUUUGCCCCCUGCUCCUGUUCCAAACACUGCUGGCCUGUUGUCUAGGUUAGCUAGGAUUUCUCUCUGCUCGCCUGCUGCGAGCAUUAACUCUGGUCUCUGGUCUCCCCAGUUCUGACUCACUCACUGGAGCUUUGCAUCACUUUACAGUAUGUGGUACUGGACAGGAUGUGUGUGUCUAGUGCUAAGAUGAGGUAUAUUUUCCAAACUACUAUGAGUGAGCAAUACAAUACAUAGCCUAAUUAUAGUCUCUGCUUUCGCUGACAGUAGCCAAUGUUCCUCCUCGGGAGUCUUGUUGACAUUGACAACAGUAGGUUAUUUCUCAGUCGUGGCAUUUCUGGAAUAUUCUACUCGCACACUUAGUUUUAGUUUGGUGGGGGACGGCAGGGAGGGAGGGGUGGGUCACUAUACAUUUCCUUUAUAGAAUGGGGCGGCAGGUAGCUGAGUGGUUAAGAGCGUUGUGCCAGUAACCGAGAGGUCGCUGGUUCUAAUCCCCGAGCCGACUAGGUGAAAAAUCUGUCUGUGCCCUUGAGCAAGGCACUUAACCCUAAUUGCUCCUGUAAGUCGCUCUGGAUAAGAGUGUCUGCUAAAUGACUAAAAUGUAAAAAUGUAAAUGUCUUGGAAUGCCAUGUUGCCUCAGCAUUUCUAGAAUCCAAGGUCACUCUGUAUGGAAUCCAAGGUCACUCUGUAUGGAAUCCAAGGUCACUCUGUAUGGAAUCCAAGGUCACUCUGUAUGAAAUCCAAGGUCACUCUGUAGUCGGCGCAUGCACUCACUGACCUCUGACUUGACUAUGUAUCGGUCCUGCUCUCAAUGAUCUGUAUAACAGCUGGUUUACUCUGUUGAUGAUGUGGGCACAGAGAGACCUGUUAGCAGAGCUUCACUGAGCUCUCACUGUGACACCCAAAGCAGAAAUGGGUUGUUGUCUGUGUUGUGACUUCAAGCCUUAGUAAGAAAUGUCCCAGGCCAUCUCCAUUUACUGGUGUGACCAAAUGACACAUUGGCUCCUGUCAGUGUCAGUACAGUCUAAAUAUGUGUUCCUCCUUUCAGUGGCCAUACAUUCUAAAUAUUAGUUUUUCCAGUCAGUACAGUCUAAAUAUUUGUUCCUCUUGUCAGUGUCCAUACAGUCUAAAUAUUAGUUUUUCCAGUCAGUACAGUCUAAAUAUUUGUUCCUCUUGUCAGUGUCCAUACAGUCUAAAUAUUAGUUUUUCCAGUCAGUACAGUCUAAAUAUUUGUUCCUCCUUUCAUUGUCCAUACAGUCUAAAUAUUUGUUCCUCCUUUCAUUGUCCAUACAGUCUAAAUAUUUGUUCCUCCUUUCAGUGUCCGUACAGUCAAAAUAUUACCUAGUAACAUGAGGACAAGAAGUUGUCUUUCUAAGCCUGCCUUUUCUCAGUGUAACAUUUAGGCGGUAGGUAGCUUCAGGACCCAGGGUAGUGUCUCACAGCAGCUGUGCUGGGCAUGCUCAUUUGAGCAGAGACUGGGUAGAGCGAGCGAGAGAGAGAGAGAGAGUGUGUGUGUAUGAGGGAGGGGCAUGUAGAACUGGCAUGUGGCCUGGGUGGAACCCUGACUGUGCAACAGCUCUGGAAUCUGGAGGGCAGCGGCCUGUCGGCAAAUGCUAAAUGCCGGCUCAGCCCAUCCUCACCACCCCUUAACCCUUUACUCUCGUGGGAAUUGGGCUAUAUGGAUAGGGCUACAUUGAAAUGUUUCUUACAGAAGAAAUAUGAAAUGCAUAAGCAUGGUAGCAAUCAAAGGGAACAGUUUGAAGAUUAUGGGAACAUUUAUUAGACCAAAGGUGAGGACACAACAGUUCUCCUGACACAAGACUGAAUCCAAACAUUACACUGUUUAUGUGCAUUUUACAUUUACAGUACUUUUCACCACAUUUGUUGAUAAUGAAAUCUGAUAAUAUUCUGGAUACAUUCAGUAACACGGUAAGAAUAUUCCUGGAAAAUGUGGGGUAGGUGCAACAUAAGACAAAAAAAAAAAAAUGACAAGGAUUUGAGUGAGAGGACUAACUGGUGUCUCCAAGUGGUGCCACACCUCUCCAAAGUGUGCACAAUUCCUAUGUAAUUUCAAUGGACUUUAUGACACAAAGAAGAGCCUUCAACUAUACAGUGCUUUUUUGAUCUCUCCUAGCUGUGCUGUUGAGGAACUACUAGAGCAAGAAGACUUGUAGUUGUUUUGAAUUGAACACAACCCUGCAUCCCCACCAUCACACAGUUACUGUUGUUGUUUACGCAAUCAUAAAACGACCCAUUAUAAAUCGCAAUCUGGGUCAGGUGGGCAUCAUUUAAAAGCUUGUUCUAUUGCCAACAUGACUAGCUAAGUUAUAAAAUAUGAUCUUACAGUGUUAGGCUUUCACAAGGCAAUUCAGAGAAACAAAUGGUAAUUUUGAUGUGCAUAGAAAGUAGUCAUGAGUACAUUCAGAUGCGUGGUCCGAGGUGACUUUUCUUCACAAUAAACAAACCGGCUCAUUCUGUUCAUAACAACCCAGGGUAUGAUGACAUCUUGUAACUGUACAUCAAACCUAGUGACCAUAAACAUUGACCCUGUAUAUGACAUGAGUUUUAUGAAAUGGAAAUGUGAAGUGCAUAUUUGGACGUGUGUUUGGCUUGCUUGCAUGACAUCAAAGCGGUAUUUAUUAUAAUCCUCAACGUCUCGUCUUUCAAAACACAUAGAGUCCUCUUUAUUUACAGCAUUUCCCUCACUCAAGACAACAAAAAUGUGCAAAAGUUGCCCAAUUAGCAGGAGGAAUGGGGGCAACUUCUUGUCGCGUGCGGUGCCCAAGUUCAGAACAGCUGUCAGUCCAAAACAUACAGUGCUGAGCUCUGUCAUUUAUAGGAUGUGACUUGUACAGCCACUCCGUUCCAAUUUAGGCGUUUAUCAGUGGCCAAAUCUGCCAUUUCCAAUCUGUAUACGGGUGCGAGUGUAAAGGGUUAAUAACUAUCCUCCUCCUCCUAUAAAGGUUCUGGGGGAUUCCAUGCCGUAAUUCCCAGAUUUAGUCCACAUUGCUUAACAGUUUGUGGCUCGUUUCUAUGUAUCCAGCCAUGAAAUAUUUUAAGUUCUUUUUUUUCUUCUCCUCAGUGACUAUGGGGAUCUGUUUGUCAUUGUAUUGUGAGGGCCAGCUGUUGCAAAGCCCAGGAUUGUUAUUACAAUACCCUGAUCCAUUCAGCAUGUAUUAGUCAUUGCAAUGAUGACUACUUGUGGCUGUGGAUUAGAAACACUUUGUUUUCCCUACAGUGACAGGAUGAAUGCCUUUCACAUUCAGACACCAACUCAAACCUUAAAAGAGAAAAGAAUACCAAUAUUUGACCUAGAAUGUAGUCACUCUGAGCCCACCCUUUAAGAAUGUAGCCUAUUUAUAAUAUCUUAGAAUGUUUUUGAUAAAGUAUUUUUUUGCACUGCGAGGAAACAAAGUCAGACAAGAAGUGACGUGUUAAACGGAAGAGAGAAAUUCUCCAGAAUAACUGCCAGCAGGUGCAUGUUCUUCUUGUUUUGGACCCUGAGUGAGACGAACCAUGGUAACAGAGUUGUUGAACCCAACCCUUGUCACUGACCUGUCAUUUCCUGUGUGUCCUCCCUCCCUCCCAGGACAACAAAGAGAGCCCAGACGCUGUACGAUGGGAGGCCCACCAGUCCCCCAGGCGUGUCUCACAUCCCCAUGGCUGAGCCCUUCUGCACCCGGACCAGGGAGGUCAGUGUCCACGGCCCCGUUCCAAAUCAACCACUAGCACCUAGACCGGUGUCUGGGGCCUGGUUCCAAAUCAACCCCCGCCACUACAUUGUAAAUGUUAUUGUAAUGUACAUCAAGUGUUGCCUGUUGGGGAGAGAGUGAAUGUUAAGGCAUUGGAACACAGGAUUCUCGUGAGGGGAGGACGGCUCAUAAUAAUCAAUGGAAUGGUAUCAAAUACCUGGAAACAAUGUGUUUGUGUUUGAUACUGUUUCAUUCCUUCCGUUCCAGCCGUUACUAUGAGCCUGUCCUCCCAAAUAAAGGUGCUACCAGCCACCUGUGUAUUUGAACUUUUUGGUUGUUGGUGUGUAAUGAGGCUUUGCAUAGUUACAAUUAUUUUCUUCUUUCCAAGUGUUCAUAAAACACAAAAACAUGGGCAUUGACAAAAACACUGACCACUCUCUCCCAGAAAAUGAAGUCACGCCUCUCCCUCCCCAUGCCCAGGUGCUGCUGGAGGUGGCGCGGGGCCUGGGGGUGAAGUGCCACCCGCAGGGUACGGUGCUCACCAUCGAGGGCCCUCGCUUCUCAUCGCGCGCCGAGAGCCUGAUGUUCCGCCAGUGGGGCGCCGACGUCAUUAACAUGACCAGCGUGCCCGAGGUGGUCCUCGCCAAGGAGGCAGGCCUUUGCUACGCCAGCAUCGCCAUGGCCACCGACUACGACUGCUGGAAGGAGCAUGAGGAGGCGGUGAGUUAUUUUUUUGUGUGGAAAUUCCCUCCACUAUCGUAUAUUUUUAUAUUUUAUUGAUUGUAUGCUCUGAUGAAGGUCUUGCGACCGAAAGCUUAGCCUUAUUCAAUGAAAUGUGUGCAUUGAUCCUGAGUGUGCGGAGACUUCAUUACGUUACAUGUUUUAUUGAUAGGAAAGUUAGUAGACAGGACAGGGAAGACAGGAGGAGAGCGUGUCAAACACGCAGUGGGAUGGAUGCGCAUCGACACCCACGCCGGCAGUGGCGUGGAACCUCUAGACAGCAACCCAGGCAACAGGGAAGAGGCGUUUACACAAGUGUGUGAAAGGGUCUGUAACUGUUUCGAGGAGUGAUGUGUUUAGGAAUGUCCCCAAGUUUCAGUUGAACCACAACACAGGCUAUCUGGAAAAUUAUGUUAUGCAAAUGAGCCCGUUUCACUAAGAUGGCACAUUCAUGUACUGCAUGUGGUCAAUUGUCUUGUUACUUGGUCAUAUGUCUUGCAUCCGCUUUCACAGCGGUUGGACAUUUCCAACUGCAAUAUUAGGCUAAAAUAAGAACUGAAAUGAGUCAGAGCUUUUUAUUUUACUACCGGAUUCAGGGCUCCAGUCUCUCCCACCACAUUCUCGACGAGGUGACAUGACAUUUUGCCUCCUGUGGUUUAACUAUUUUCUCCCGUCACUGUAUUUAGAAAGAGUCAAAUCAAACCUAAUAGGUUAGAGGUCACCGUCAGUGAAUUCCAUGAACACAUUUCAUAGAAUAAUCUCUCCAUGAAUUUUGAGAAUUAGCCUUUUUUUUUAUAUCCUGUGUGCGAAGUUAGUCACUUCCCCAUCAUUAGGAGCCAUUGUUUGGUGUGUCUAAAAUGUCCGUGACAUGAGGGUUGAAGUGACCAUUCCGUUUCUGAAAUGGCUCCCAAAGUGUACUCCAGCUGUCACACUGACCUAGAGGUCAACUCAAUUUGAAUAAAUGCAUUUAUAUUCUUACAUAAUCAAAGCAGGAAUUCAAAAUGUGUCUAUCCAGUUAAUAAUAACUAAAUAGUAAUAUGCCUCUGUCACAAAGCUGUAGCAAAACAAAUGUAACUUCUUUCAAAUAGUAUUUUAGGGAUUUGAAAUUGCACAAUGACAUUUGUCCAGUGUAAAUUUCCUCCCCGUCAGCAUUUUACAGGCAACUGUUUACGUUUCCAAUUCUUUCGCCUGAUUAUUAUAUCGCUCUGAAGUACCUCCCACACACACACACACACACACACCAGCUUCCGAGUGAGUGACUGCCACCCACUAUCCAGUUGAUAUAUUAUGUCUGGGGGAGGCUCGGCUUCCGUGCCCUUACCCGACAUCCCCUUCCUAGUUCCUGCAGCUGACCUCCUGGCCGCCUCCCCCCUCCUUCCCCCUCCUGUUGCACACCCUCUCGCCACAUCCUUCCGGCUGCUCUACACCCUCCCUCCCUGGCUCCCGCCCUCCCUCGCUGUGAGCGUGCCAGCCUCCGCUGUGAGCCUGCCAGCCUCCGGUGUGAAUCCUGCCAGCAGAGGUUGAGUCACCGGUAUACAGUUGUCCACAGGGCCUGGGAAGAGAUCACAACACAACAGCCCCUCAGUUCAGGGGUGUGUUCAUUAGGGCACACAACAAUAAAUAAAUGUUUUGCUGGUCACAUGUUGUGGUCACUGUGCUCCAUUUCAGAAACGAACCUGGUCUCAUGUUGUAGUGUAUCAACAUGACAUUAGAAGGUUAUAUCAGUUAAUGUCCCUUGAGGAGUACCAUGGUAACAUACAGUUGGGGUGGGCCACCCAAGAUUAUCGUCUUGUUAUAAACGGCAUGCUAUCUGGAGCUGCAUGGCAUUUAGCCUAGUUGACAUUGAGUGUAGGAACAAUUUGUCUGAUUUCAUCAUUGUAAUUAAGUUAUCUCAAUGUAGCCAAUAAAAUACAUACCCAUCAUAAAUGUAUGAUUAGAUCAAAUUGUUUACAAGUUUAGCUCCAUCCUAGAUGUUGUUAAUAGUGAAAAGGAUUGCCUUAUUACCUGCAUUGCCUUUCCAUUGGAUAAGAUCAACAUGGUUAUCAUGGCUUUAUAGCCUUAAGUUUUAUAAUAGGUUUCUAUCAUCAGUUACUGAAUCUACUGUAUUGUAAUGAUCAAUAUUUAUCACAUCUUCAUGCAGCCCUUGCUUGGUCAAAAGUAGGGCACUAAAUAGGUGACAGGGUGCCAUUUGGGACGCAGCCUUGAUGUCGUUGGAGCUCCUGUGGCCAAAGUCUCCAUGGCCACAUCACUGUCUGUCUGUCUGACAGAGUCCUCCCCAUGAUCAGAUAGAUGGAUACCACUCUCUAAUGUGUUUCAGUUAUUGUCGUGUUGUCAUGACCACUGAUAACAAUAGGUAGUAAUGUAAUGGCGUAAACUACAGGUAAUUAAUUACACAACAAGCAAGGGAUUAUCGUGGUAUAACAGACCAUUAGAUUAUAUUUAGUGCAUUUAAUACUCCCUUUGACUUGAGCUGUUAGCUGUACCAUGCUGUCAGGAGAACAGGUGUGUUAUUUUAUAGUGUAAGCAAACAGUCGUAUAUAAAUCACUCCACGGGCUAGCUGCCAAUGUUUACAGAUGAUAGGCCUAGCUUUCAGAGCACCCAGUUUUACACCCUGCAAGGUGUAAGGCCUAAAACGCAUUAAUGCACACAACACAUAGGAAACGUAGUAUGAAACAAAUGCCUGCUGUUGAACAAUUAACCCAUGCUCAUUGCGCACUCAAACUGAACCUGUAGGCUACAGUACAGUGUAGGAUGUCUGUGUGAACUGGGAAGAAGAGAGGAGCUUUGAUUCACAAACGUGUUGCUUAUUUUGUUUCUCACAAUAUUUCAAUUGAGGCUUAGAUUGAGAAAAAAAUAAAUUGCGCUCAAGUUCAAAAUGUUGACGUUUGAAUGCCGUUGCCUGGAGACAAUCACGAGACGGGUAAGAAAAGAAAGGAAAGUGAAAGUAAUGCUGACUGUAGCGCAAUGUCUUAACGUGUCAAACUGGCUCUGUGACUGUCCAGGCGUGGCACUACGAUCUGUCACCGUGACUCUGUCAGAUUACUGAGGUGUGAAUUGCAUCCACAAUAACAAUGGGCGAUAAUAUGGAGUAAACGCAUGUAAUUACACAACAAGCAAGAAGGGCGUGUUUGUUGUCCCUUUCCACAGAGAAGUAUUGUUUUUAUGAACCGCCUGCUUCAAACAGACUUGGUUAUACUGUAAAAACAAACUUUGAAUGGCUACUAUUACUCUAUUAAAAAUUAAAGAGAAAAAAAAUGGUGUAGCAGCCAGAAUAUUUACAGCAUGAAAUGUACUCAUUUAUUAAAAACCUAACACGUUUUGAGACGGUAUUUUAUCAAUGUUUGCGUCUCACAUUGUGAGGCACGUCCUUUGGUCUUGCAGGUGUUUUAAGGCUGUCUGUCGGCAUCUUUCUCCGUCUUUGGAAGGCGACUAGAAUUUACCAAAAUAAGCACCUCAAUCCCUCAAAAAAAAUACGUAUCCGUUUUCUCAUUAAAUGUAAUUCCUGCUUGUCCCAGGUGUGCGUCGACAACGUCCUGAAGACAAUGAAGGAGAAUGCCAACAAGGCCAGCAGUAUCCUGCUCACUGCUAUCCCCCUGAUCUGCACCCAGGAGGACUGGACCCACACCAUAAAGGCUCUGAAGGUAAGACUUGCCAUUGUAAUGUGACCAGGUUCAUCUCUACAGGUGGGUUUGAAUAGAAUAGUAUAAUUCAACUUUAUUUAUCAUCUCGGGCAAUUAAGUACUUUAUUUUUUUCAAUCUUACUAAAUAUCAACCUCCCAGGCAACAUGGCAAUGUACAACACAAAACGUGUCACGGCAUGGGUAUGUAGGAGAGCUGGUGCUGUUCAGUAUGUCCUUUCUAUCAGGUCUGGCGCUCAGUAAGCACAUUCUCACUGAGUUACUCACUGCUCAUUCUCAGAUACUGAUUCUCACUGAGUGCUGAGUCGGCCUGCAUUAACAUUGGUUAGUUAUUGGGUGAUAAAAUGAUGACCUGUCCUGAUGCUUCUCAAAACAUGUCAGGCUUCUGGUCUGUAUAUAAACGGGUGUUAAAGGUGAUGUCUUUCAGGACGUCUAGCUCUGAACAUACUGAAUCCUGCUUAUAGAACUAAUGGAAUAGUCCCAAAAGUGAUAAGAAAUCAAUUAUAUUUGAACCUAGGUCUGGUGUUCAAGGUGAUUUCCCUCUCCUCAGGACACCUGGCUCUGAACCCAAUGAGCCAAAAUGUGAAGGCCCUUAGUCUUACAUUCUCUUCACUAUUCAUCCUCAACGACACUUCAGUCAAUGAGAGUGGGACUGCAAUUUGACGUGCUAAACAGAAAUUCCAGUAUGGCAUGCUUCAUGACGCAAACACUAAAAACGAACAUAUUAGUUUGUUUUACUAACAGAUUGCAAUAUGUGUAUUUUCUAAAAACUGUUUUUGUUAGUACCUCUGCUACUAUUUAGUGUGUUUUUGUGUUUGGUUUCUUUCAGACAACAGCGCAAUCCUCAAUAAUGCUACCGAAACACUGAGAACCACCGAAAAGCCCCUCUUCACCCCCGUAGAACAGAGAAUGACUUGCAACACACCAGCCACCAAUACGGACAAUGGAUUCAUCUCUCUCUCGAUUCCUCAUCAGUGAAUCACAAGAAAGUGCCUGAUAUGCAUGUUUUCAGUACUGUACAUUCGCCAGGAUUUCACAACACAUUUGAGUAACAUUACAUCGUUUGCCAGCAGCAUACCACCCUGCAUUCCACUGCUGGCUUGCUUUUGAAUCUAAGCAGGGUCGGUCCCUGGAUGGGAGACCAGAUGCUGCUGGAAGUGGUGUUGGAGGGCGAAUAGGAGGCAUUCUUUCUUCUGGUAAAAGAA